AUGUCAAUUGAAAUGAGUGAGAGUGAGAAUAUUGUUUUUCUAAGAGAUAAACACAUUAAAUAUAUCGAUUCUUUAGAUAAGAAGCAGGAAGAUUAUGAAUACUGGUUAUCAGAACACCUUAGAUUGAAUGGUGUUUAUUGGGGGUUGACAGCAUUGUGCUUAUUGAAUGCUAAAGAUACUUUCAAAAAAGAGGAUGUUAUUGAAUUUGUUAUAAGUUGUUGGGAUGAAAGAUCCGGCGGAUUUGCUCCAUUCCCAGGCCAUGAUGGACAUAUGUUAUCUACUUUAUCAGCUAUUCAAAUACUUGCUACAUACGAUGCAUUAGAUUCCAUGAAUGCUCGUGAUAUUAGAGAAAAGUGUGUUGCUUUUAUCAAAGGGAAUCAAAUGAAGGAUGGUUCUUUUCAAGGUGACAGAUUUGGUGAAGUCGAUACAAGAUUUGUGUAUAAUGCUAUAAGUAGUUUAUCGAUUUUAGGUGAAUUGACACCAGAGAUUGUAGAUCCUGCAGUAGAAUACAUUUUAAGAUGUUAUAAUUUUGAUGGUGGGUUUGGAUUAUGUCCAGGAGCUGAAAGUCAUGCUGCUCAAGCGUUUACAUGUUUGGGAACCCUGGCAAUUGUAAAUAAGUUAGGCAAAUUAAGUGAUUCACAAAUGGAAGAGUUAGGAUGGUGGUUAUGUGAAAGACAACUUCCAGAAGGUGGCCUUAAUGGUAGACCUAGUAAACUACCGGAUGUCUGUUAUAGUUGGUGGGUCUUAUCAUCGUUAUCAAUAAUUGACAAAUUAAGUUGGAUUGAUUACAACAAAUUGAGAGCAUUCAUUUUACAAAGUCAAGAUGAAAAGAAAGGUGGAAUAAGCGAUAGACCUGAAAAUGAAGUUGACGUAUACCAUACUGUAUUUGGGAUAGCAGGUUUAAGUUUAAUGGGGUUCGAAAAUCUUGAUCCUAUCGAUCCCGCUUAUUGCAUGCCUGUAUCUGUCACCUCAAAGUUUAAAAAAUACCCAUAUGAUAAAUAA